AUGCCUAUCUUUAAGAUCCACGCCAGAGAGAUCUUCGACUCUCGUGGAAACCCCACUGUUGAAGUUGAUCUCUUCAAUGGAAAAGGUCUCUUUCAAUCUGCUGUGCCCAGUGGUGCUUUCACUGGUAUCCAUGAAGCCCUGGAACUCCGGGACAAUGAUAAGACCCGCUAUAUGGGGAAAGGUGUCUCAAAAACAGUUGAGCUCAUCAAUAAAACUAUUGACCCGAGUCUGGUUAGAAAGAAACUGAAUGUUGUGGGACAGGAGAAAAUCAAUAAGUUGAUGAUAGAGAUGGACAGCUCCAAAAAUAAAUCUAAAUUUGGUGCAAAUGCCAUAUUGAAAGUGUCUCUGGCUGUUUGUAAGGCUGGAGCUGCUGAGAAAGGUGUCUCCCUGUGUCGCCAUAUUGCUGACCUUGCAGGCAAUAGUGAAGUCAUCCUUCCAGUUCCAGCCUUCAAUGUGAUCAAUGGUGGUUCCCAUGCUGGUAACAAGCUGGCCAUGCAGGAGUUCAUGAUUCUCCCUGUUAGAGCAACAACUUUCAAGGAGGCUUUGCGCAUUGGGACUGAGAUCUACCCCAACUUGAAGAAUGUGAUUAAGCAGAAAUAUAGACAGGAUGACACUAACAUAGGGGACGAGGGUGGCUUUGCUCCUAACAUCCUAGAGAAUAAAGAAGCUCUGGAGUUGCUGAAAGAAGCCAUUGGUAAAGCCGGUUAUACUGAUAAGGUUGUGAUUGGCAUGGACAUGGCUGCCUCAGCAUUCUUCCGCUCUGGGAAAUAUGACUUGGACUUCAAGUUUCCUGAUGAUCCCAACCAAUACAUCUCUCCUUCUGAGCUCGGGAAUCUCUACAAGACCUUCAUCAAGAACUAUCCAGUGGUGUCCAUUGAAGAUCCCUUUGACCAGGAUGAUUGGGAGGCAUGGGAGGAUUUCACUGCCGCUGCAGGCAUCCAGGUGGUAGGGGAUGAUCUCACAGUGACCAAUCCCAAGCGCAUUGAAAAAGCUAUAAAUGAGAAAGCCUGCAACUGCCUCCUCCUCAAAGUGAACCAGAUUGGCUCCAUGACCAAGUCUCUCCAGGAGUGCAAGCUGGCACAAUCCAAUGGGUAGGGAGUAAUGGUUUCCCAUCAUUCUGGAGAGACUAAAGGCACCUUCAUUGCAGACCUGGUGGUGGGUCUCUGUCCUGGGCAGAUCAAGACUGGUGCCUCUUGCCGAUCUGAGCGUCUAGCUAAGUAUAAACAGAUUCUUAGAAUCGAGGAAGAGCUGGGCAGCAAGGCUAGGUUUGCUAGAAGGAACUUCAGAAAUCCUCAGGCCAACUAA